AUGGCGGAUCAUUACUUGCUUGGGUGGAUCUUCGCCUCUGUGAUUGGGCUUUUCGCUUUAUACUAUAUGGUGUAUUUGGUGGUGAAGAGGGAAGAGGAGAAUAGUAGAAGAACUUUCUUCCAGGCUAGAAGAGACUCCGUCAGGACUAUAUCUGCUAUCAAUGGAGAAUGUAGAUCCGAUGACCGCUCCGGUGUAGAUGUCAUCAUCGUCGGCGCCGGUGUGGCUGGCUCCGCUCUCGCUCAUACUCUCGGCAAGGAAGGGCGUCGAGUGCAUGUAAUUGAAAGAGACUUGACUGAACCUGACAGAAUUGUUGGUGAACUACUUCAACCAGGAGGCUAUCUAAAGUUAAUUGAAUUAGGACUUGAAGAUUGCGUGGAUGGAAUUGAUGCACAAAGGGUGUUCGGUUAUGCGCUUUUCAAGGAUGGAAAACAUACCCAACUUGCUUAUCCCUUAGAAAAGUUUCACUCGGAUGUGGCAGGGAGGAGCUUUCAUAAUGGACGCUUCAUACAGAGGAUGCGUGAAAAGGCUGCAUCCCUUCCCAAUGUACGAUUGGAGCAAGGAACUGUCACUUCCCUAAUUGAAGAAAAUGGGGUAAUUAAAGGGGUGCAGUACAAAACAAAAACAGGUGAAGAGCUUACAGCUUUUGCGCCUUUGACAAUUGUUUGUGAUGGCUGUUUCUCGAACUUGCGUCGCUCCCUUUGCAACCCUAAGGUAGAUGUUCCCUCUUGUUUUGUUGGUUUGGUACUGGAGAAUUGCCAUCUCCCUUAUGCAAAUCAUGGUCAUGUUAUACUAGCAGACCCUUCCCCAAUUUUAUUCUAUCCUAUCAGUAGCACAGAAGUUCGCUGUCUGGUUGAUGUACCUGGACAGAAGGUCCCUUCUAUUUCAAAUGGUGAAAUGGCAAUGUAUUUGAAGAAUGUUGUGGCACCUCAGGUUCCCCCAGAAAUAUAUGAUUCUUUUAUAGCUGCAAUUGACAAGGGAAACAUUAGGACAAUGCCAAACAGAAGCAUGCCAGCUUCUCCCUAUCCUACUCCUGGUGCGUUGUUAAUGGGUGAUGCAUUCAACAUGCGCCAUCCUCUAACUGGGGGAGGAAUGACUGUGGCACUAUCUGACAUUGUUGUGCUACGGGAUCUUCUCAAACCUCUGCAUGAUCUACAUGAUGCACCUACACUUUGCCGGUAUCUUGAAUCCUUUUACACUCUGCGUAAGCCCGUGGCAUCAACAAUCAAUACACUGGCAGGGGCCCUCUACAAGGUGUUUUCUUCUUCACCUGAUGAAGCAAGGCAGGAAAUGCGCAGGGCUUGCUUUGAUUAUUUGAGUCUUGGAGGCGUAUUCUCAACAGGACCAGUCUCUUUGCUUUCGGGUUUAAAUCCUCGUCCGUUGAGCUUGGUUCUCCAUUUCUUUGCGGUUGCAGUUUAUGGGUGUGGUCGGUUGUUGUUGCCUUUUCCUUCACCCAAGCGCAUCUGGAUUGGUGCUAGGCUGAUAUCGGGUGCCUCGGGAAUCAUCUUCCCUAUUAUUAAGGCAGAAGGGGUUAGGCAAAUGUUCUUCCCUGCAACAGUUCCAGCUUAUUAUAGAGCUCCUCCCACUAAAUGCAAUUGAAGAUAAAGAAUUUGUGAAGCAGAGCUGCAUUGGAUUUCCAUUCCUUUUUCAAAGUUAAAUGGGGUGGGUGAAUGUCUUACCAAAGAAGUGGACAACUGUGAAAUGUGAAUUAUCAUAUCCUUUAGGCUGUUCAUAACUGUGACUCUUGAGUUCAAAAUAUAUAUAUAUAAAAAAAAAAAAAA